AUUUAUUUACUAAAAUUCUCAGAAUCCUCUCUGAUUCCAGUUCAGCUUCACUUAAUAGAAACCAAUCAAAAGAUCAUCGUGAAAUUUUUUUCUUGUUACUUUUUUUCUUCGUUUGGUUGUCACGAACGGUGCCGUUUUAUAUAUACAUAAAAUAGAGACACCGUCGUUUUGACACAAACGGUGGUUUUGUUAUGGGUGCGGUGGAGGUGUUUCAACAGCAGCCGCUGGUGGUGGACGCUGCUCCGGUUUUGUCGCUGAACUCGCUGCCGUUGGGGUUCCGUUUCCGACCGACAGACGAGGAGCUCGUUGACUUUUACUUGCGGCAGAAGAUCAACGGCAAUGGCGAUGAGGUUUGGGUCAUUCGAGAAAUCGAUGUUUGCAAAUGGGAACCUUGGGAUUUGCCUGAUUUGUCAGUGGUACGGAACAAGGAUCCGGAGUGGUUCUUCUUCUGUCCACAGGACAGGAAGUAUCCAAAUGGACACCGGCUGAACCGAGCAACAACUCAUGGAUAUUGGAAGGCGACUGGCAUUGGAAUGAAGAAGACUCUUGUAUUCUACACUGGCCGUGCUCCCAAAGGGAAGAGGACCAAUUGGGUGAUGCAUGAGUACAGGCCUACCCUGCAGGAGCUUGAUGGUACCAAUCCUGGACAGAAUCCAUAUGUCCUUUGUCGAUUAUUUAAGAAACAAGAUGAGAGUCUUGAAGGUUCAAACGGUGAAGAAAUGGAGCGUACUACUUCAACUAAUUUAACUGCAAAUUACUCUCCAGAAGAAAUACAAUCAGAUCCAGCUGUUAAAUCGGUUUCUUCUUCACAGGCUACAGAAGAUGACAAGAAACUAGCAGUUAUCCCUUUGACCCCUGAAGAAGCAAUUUCCAAUGUUAUAACCCCGGUCGGUUGCCAAAACGAUGGAUGUGAUGCUUAUGAUGCACAAAAUCAAAUCGCAGCAGGAGAUCCAUCUAAGGAGGAGGACUUACAAGUGAACAUGGACAUAUUUUAUGACCCGAGUGAGCUAUUUGACGAUAAAUUAUUCUCCCCACUCCACAAGCAUAUUCCAGAAGAACUUUUUCAUCAAUCAAACAAUGAAGCCAAUGGACAUUUUGGGCUGCAACAUCAGUGUGGAACAAAUGAGAUCAGUAUUUCUGACUUCUUUGACUCUGUUAUUAAUUGGGAUGAGAUCUCCGGUGACAAUUCCAGCGGCCAAACGCCAAACUCUGCUUGGUUUGAUGUACAGCACAAUGAAUCAUGGGGAAACUCAAAUGUGGAUAUGGUCCAUGCCAGGCCCCUACAAGUAGGGGGUGCAGAUUAUCCAGGGGAUGCAACCGAGGGAAAGCUCCCUUUGUUGAAAACUAGAGAAUUCAAUCCCAACACCUCUUAUGACAAUGCGCUCAGCAACAACAUGGGAUUAUUUCAUAACCAUUCCCAGAUGGCUUUUUCAUCUGAUGUUAAUAUGCUCCAAGGUUACCAUGCAACCAACAAUUAUGAGCAACCGACAAACUUCAAUAUGGCUAUGGCUAAUAGUGACAACACUGGAAUUAGGAUAAGGUCUCGGCCACCAGGUUAUGAAGGGCCAAACGUAAACUCCAAUAUGCAACCACAAGGUACUGCACCUAGGAGAAUACGGUUGGCACGAUCUCUUGCACCUCAACACAUGUCCAAUGAGGCGGCAAAAGAUUCGAGUUACGAGUCAAAAGAUCAAAAUUCACAACUAACCACUGCCAGGGAGAUGGAAACUUCCAAAGACCUUGCUGCUGGUGAGAGUGUUACUGUUACUAGUGAUGUGGAGGAACAGGAGACAUCACCAGUUGAAAAUAAGGAAUUCGAAGACUUCAACACAGUCCAGCAGAGCACAUCAUCAGCUUCCUCCAAUCUUUCCACGUGCUCUUCUGAUUCUGAAGUUUCUUAUGAGGCAGAAAAAGAAUCUGGUUGGACAUCAGAAGACCAUAGUCCAAAACCAGCUGCCGCGGGGGCCAGUAAAGCUUCCGAAGACCAAGUUCCCAGCGAGUGCGUCAAUGAUAUCACUGAUGAUGUGGAUGAACCCAGGAUACCAAACGCUUAUACUCUAGAGGUCUCAAAGGAGGAAUCCUUCUCGGACUCUCAGUCGAAAGACUCUCUAUUGCGUAGAAAGGUGUGUUACCCAUCGAAGUCUUCCUCAAAUCUAGCCAAGUGGUAUUCGGUUAUUGCAGUCUCAGCCACUUUGGUGGUGUUACUAGCAUUCCUUGUUAAUACAUGGGGUUAUGGAUAUUACCUUAAAGUUUAACUGCAUAGUAGGAUAUGUAUCAUUGCAUAGAGUAUAUUUUGCCUCCAUUGCGUUUUUGGCCUUAGUUAAGGAGGCAUAUAUGUAAGGGUUGACUUUGUAGCUUUCUUUGAAUAUAAUCUGUAUGUGCAUAUGUUAUAUAUAGCAGAAUAUGCCUAAUCUGCUACUAGCUUGUACUAUAUGUGGAGUUGUAAACUCAUGUUUAUAAGUUAGAUUCAGAAUUUCAGGGUUUCCAAUUUUUUGGAAUUUAAUUUUGAUUGCCCGUGCGUGACCACCAUUGGAGAAUAUGCCUGCCUAGCCAAGAGUGUAUUUUUAGUAAAGAAAGGUUUAGGCA